AUGGCAGCCACAGCGACCCAGAAACUUCCCGAGGAAGUCAUCAAGACCGAACUGUCUCAAUACGCUCGCCGAAGAGACACUAAGGGACCAUAUGCCGACAACCUGGACCUCGAUGUCCUCAUCGUUGGGGCUGGGUUCAGUGGAAUCUACCUGCUGUACGAGAUGCGCAAGCAGGGGUACAAGACAACUCUGUAUGAUGCUGGUACAGGAUUUGGAGGAACUUGGAGGUGGAACUGCUACCCAGGAGCUCGAGUCGAUAGCCCUGUCCCCAUCUACCAAUUAUCCAUUCCAGAAGUAUACAAUACGUGGUCCUUCACAACAAAUUAUCCAGACUGGCGGGAACUCCAAGCCUACUUUGACUAUGUGGAUAAAGUCUGCGACUUGAGCAAAGAUACUGCGUUUGAAACAGUCGUGACUUCAGCGGAAUUUGACGAGCAAGCUGGCAAAUGGACUGUCAAGACUGCUGAUGGACGCACUGCCAAAACCAGGUUCUUGAUCAUUGCCGCCGGAUUCGCUGCGAAGCUGUACAUACCUGACUACAAGGGCAUAGACAAGUUCAAGGGAGUCAUCCACCACUCCUCUUUCUGGCCUCCUGAGGAUGUCGAUGUUAAGGGCAAACGUGUAGCUGUUGUCGGUACAGGAGCUUCAGGCGUGCAAAUUGCUCAAGAAUGGGGACCUCAAGUCGAGCACAUGACCGUCUUCAUGCGAACCCCCAACCUCGCUCUGCCAAUGGGCAAACGACCCAUGUCAAAGGAGGAGCAAGACGGACUCAAGCCACUCUACCCUGAGAUUCUCGAACUCCGCGAACGCUGCUUUGCAGGGUUCACCUACGAAUUUGCUGAGACUGACACUUUCGACCACACGCCAGAAGAGCGUGAAGCAUUCUACGAGGCGCUUUGGAAGCGUGGAGGCUUUUCGCUGUGGCUUGGUGGCUACAGGGACUACUUUUUCGACAUGAAGGCAAACAGAGAGGCGUACAAUUUUUGGGCUAAGAAGCAACGACAGCGGGUCAAGAACCCUGCGAAGCGUGACUUACUCUGUCCUCUUGAGCCCCCUCAUGCUUUCGGUAUCAAACGUCCUUGCCUCGAGCAAAACUACUUCGAAGUGCUCGACCAAGACAACGUCGACAUUGUCGACAUCUCUGAGAAAGGUGGCAACCGGAUCGUCGAGUUCACCGAAACGGGCAUUAAGACCGCCGACGGCAAGGUCCACGAGGUUGACGUCGUGGCACUCGCCACCGGUUUCGACAUCACAACCGGAGGCAUGACUAGCAUGGGACUGAAGAGCAUCAACGGCACCUAUCUCAAGGACGAAUGGAAGGCAUCCGCCAACACAUACCUCGGGACCACCAUCAGCGGCUACCCCAACAUGUUCCACGUCUACGGCCCUCACGGCCCAACUCUCCUUUCCAAUGGUCCCACCGCAGCCGAGGUCCAAGGCCGCUGGAUCCGCGAUGCGAUUAAUCUGAUCAACAAACAGGGACUGAAGAGCAUCAAUGCCACUCCUGAGGCGACGAAGGCGUGGAAGGACAGAAUCAACGAACUGAGUAAUAGGACUUUGAUGCCUACCGCCCGAAGCACGUAUAUGGGCGGCAGCUUGCCGGGCAAGGCAUUCGAGCAAGUCAAUUAUGCGGGAGGUGUUGAUAAGUACAAAGGGGAGAUUCGGGAGGUCCUUAAGGGUUGGAAGGGGUUCAAGACUGUGCCGCUUGCUGCAUGA